GCUACGGUACGUGUACAUUCUCCGCACCGUUCUGGUGGGAUGAUAAAUUCGCGAUUAGCGCAAGAUUAGCGGGUGGGCUUCGUUUGAGCGAGAAGGUUCGUUUGAGUGAGUGAACAACUUCCCAAGUGUAUAGUGAAGGGCUGCGCGAACGCAGCGAACCAGCAAGGAUGCGAUCCUUGACCAACCCAGGGGGGCUGGCGCUGCUAGUGUUGUUAGCACUAUCGUUUAGCGCCAACGUCGUCCAAUCUUAUAGAGCGAAAAUGACAUCGAGAGUAUGCUUCUCCAACAUCGCCAACUUCACUGGAAAUACUGCGAUCGGGCUAUGCUCGCACUCAGUGUUGCAAACGCUCAGGGUGGGCGCGAACGGCACGAUCGCGUACGUUACGACUGCCACAACGCCUCAGUCAACCGUGCUCAGACUGCUUCCGACCUACUGCAACCGAAGGCUGGCGUAUCCGUACCUCGAACCGUACCUGGCUAUAGUCGGGUCCGGUACGGAAGGACCAGUUGCUACCAUCCUAGCGAAUCCGACGAUUCGAGCGAACUACAUCCGGGCGCUGAUCACGUUCAUGAAGUCCUACCCGCGCUGCGUCGGACUAUAUAUCGACUUCAGCAACCUCGCCACAUCGCAGGCGGCCGGUUAUGCCGCGUUCAUGCAGGCCCUGUUCCAGGCGGCUGGUACAGCUUCGCUCAAGCUGGCCUCAGCGCUGCCCUGGGAGGCAGAUCGGUACGCCGAUGUCUACUACAGCGUCACUUUAAGAAGCUUAUCGUUUAACGUGCUGCGCACGUACGAUGAAUUCUACUCAUCGCUUACAACGGUCGUACGGCCGCUGAACCCGCUAGUUGCUAUGGCCGCACCGUUUAACGCCACGACGAAAACUAUCUCGUACAACCUGUACCGGUGGAUAAUCAAGGGACUGAACCCGAGCAACAUCAUACUCGGCAUGUCGAUGUAUGCUCGCGCAUAUACUGUGACAAAAGUUAGCCAGUUCGGUGCUACGGGAACGGCUAGCGCUUCGGUGGUAUCAUACUGCGAUGCACUUCUUUUCUCGACCAAGUUUGGACUGCAAACGAGCAGCUCUGGAGAGAGUGUAUCCUCUAGCAGCAGUAUGGCUUACGUAUUCACUUCAUUUCAAUCGGCUGAGCUCAAGCUGAACUUUGCAGUGUCUAAUAAUUUGGCUGGUGUUGCACUGUUCUCAUUGAACACUGCCGGCACCAAUGCAGAGCUGCUGCGUUACGUGACGAGUAUUAUUGCACCGACGCCACCAACAGGUUUCCAAUAUCCUGUGGCGUCGUAUCCUACAUGCGGCGUUUCGAUUACAUUCCCAUCGUUGGUGGCUAUAACUACACAACCAACAGCCUCCACAGCAGCGGGUGGCGGUACCACUCGAGCUGGAGGAGUUACCACGGUUGCGCCAGGAGGAGACACCACGGCUGCUGGAGGUGGAACUACAGCCGCUGGAGGAGGUUCAACAGCCGCUGGAGGAGGUUCAACAGCCGCUGGAGGUGGAACUACAGCCGCUGGAGGAGGAUCAACAGCCGCUGGAGGAGGAACUACUGUCGCUGGAGGAGGUUCAACUGCCGCUGGAGGAGGUUCGACUGCAUCAGGGGGUGGAACUACAGCCGCUGGAGGAGGUUCGACUGCCGCUGGAGGAGGAUCAACAGCCGCUGGAGGAGGAACUACAGCCGCUGGAGGAGGAUCAACAGCCGCUGGAGGAGGAUCAACAGCCGCUGGAGGAGGAUCAACUGCUGCUGGAGGAGGAACGACUAUCGCAGGAGGAGGUUCAACUGCCGCUGGAGGUGGAACUACAGCCGCCGGUGGUGGUUCUACAGCCGCCGGAGGAGGAACUACAGCCGCUGGAGGAGGAUCAACAGCCGCUGGAGGAGGUUCGACUGCUGCUGGAGGAGGAACUACUAUCGCUGGAGGAGGAUCAACAGCCGCUGGAGGAGGCUCAACUGCUGCUGGAGGAGGAACUACUAUCGCUGGAGGAGGAUCAACAGCCGCUGGAGGAGGCUCAACUGCUGCUGGAGGAGGUUCGACUGCUGCUGGAGGAGGAACCACAGCCGCUGGAGGAGGAUCCACAGCUGCUGGAGGAGGAACUACUGUCGAUGGAGGAGGUUCAACUGCUGCUGGAGGAGGCUCGACUGCUGCUGGAGGAGGAUCAACAGCCGCUGGAGGAGGCUCGACUGCUGCUGGAGGAGGAUCAACAGCCGCUGGAGGAGGCUCAACAGCCGCUGGAGGAGGAUCAACAGCCGCUGGUGGAGGUUCGACUGCUGCUGGAGGAGGAACUACAGCCGCUGGAGGAGGCUCAACUGCUGCUGGAGGAGGAUCAACAGCCGCUGGAGGAGGAUCAACAGCUGCUGGAGGAGGCUCAACAGCCGCUGGAGGAGGAUCAACAGCCGCUGGAGGAGGCUCAACUGCAGCUGGAGGAGGCUCAACAGCCGCUGGAGGAGGCUCGACUGCAGUUGGAGGAGGAACUACAGCCGCUGGAGGAGGUUCGACUGCCGCUGGAGGAGGAUCAACAGCCGCUGGAGGAGGAUCAACUGCUGCUGGAGGAGGAACUACAGCCGCUGGAGGAGGAUCAACAGCCGCUGGAGGAGGCUCGACUGCUGCUGGAGGAGGAUCAACAGCCGCUGGAGGAGGAUCAACAGCCGCUGGAGGAGGCUCAACUGCAGCAGGAGGAGGAACUACAGCCGCUGGAGGAGGAACUACAGCCGCUGGAGGAGGCUCAACUGCUGCUGGAGGAGGCUCAACUGCUAUCGGAGGAGGAUCAACAGCCGCUGGAGGAGGCUCGACUGCCGCUGGAGGAGGAUCAACAGCCGCUGGAGGAGGCUCGACUGCUGCUGGAGGAGGCUCAACUGCCGCUGGAGGAGGAUCAACAGCCGCUGGAGGAGGAACUACUGUCGCUGGAGGAGGUUCAACUGCCGCUGGAGGAGGCUCGACUGCUGCUGGAGGAGGAUCAACAGCCGCUGGAGGUGGCACGACAGCUGCUGGAGGAGGAUCAACUGCUGCUGGAGGAGGAACUACAGCCGCUGGAGGAGGAUCAACAGUCGCUGGAGGAGGCUCGACUGCCGCUGGAGGAGGCUCCACAGCCGCUGGAGGAGGAUCAACAGCCGCUGGUGAAGGAUCAACAGUCGCUGGAGGAGGAUCCACAGCCGCUGGAGGAGGCUCUACAGCUGCUGGAGGUGGAACUACAGCCGCUGGAGGAGGAUCCACAGCCGCUGGAGGAGGAACUACUAUCGCUGGAGGAGGAUCAACAGCCGCUGGAGGAGGCUCGACUGCUGCUGGAGGAGGCUCGACUGCUGCUGGAGGAGGCUCGACUGCUGCUGGAGGAGGUUCGACUGCAGCUGGAGGAGGCUCAACUGCUGCUGGAGGAGGAUCUACAGCCGCUGGAGGAGGCUCGACUGCAGCAGGAGGGGGCUCAACUGCAGCAGGAGGAGGAACUACAGCCGCUGGAGGAGGCUCAACUGCUGCUGGAGGAGGCUCAACUGCUGCUGGAGGAGGAUCAACAGCCGCUGGAGGAGGAACUACAGCCGCUGGAGGAGGAUCAACAGCCGCUGGAGGAGGAUCAACAGCCGCUGGAGGAGGCUCGACUGCAUCAGGGGGUGGAACUACUGCCGCUGGAGGAGGAUCAACAGCCGCUGGAGGAGGCUCAACAGCCGCUGGAGGAGGAUCAACAGCCGCUGGAGGAGGAUCAACAGUCGCAGGAGGAGGAUCAACAGCCGCUGGAGGAGGCUCAACAGCCGCUGGAGGUGGAACUACAGCCGCUGGAGGAGGAUCCACAGCCGCUGGAGGAGGCUCGACUGCAGCAGGAGGAGGAACUACAGCAGCUGGGGGAGGCUCAACUGAUGCUGGAGGAGGCUCGACUGCUGCUGGAGGAGGAUCAACAGCCGCUGGAGGUGGCUCGACUGCUGCUGGAGGAGGAUCAACUGCUGCUGGAGGAGGCUCGACUUCCGCUGGAGGAGGAUCAACAGCCGCUGGAGGAGGAACUACUAUCGCUGGAGGAGGAUCAACAGCCGUUGGAGGAGGAUCAACAGCCGCUGGAGGAGGCUCAACUGCAGCAGGAGGAGGAACUACAGCCGCUGGAGGAGGCUCAACUGCUGCUGGAGGAGGAUCAACUGCUGCUGGAGGAGGAUCAACAGCCGCUGGAGGAGGCUCGACUGCCGCUGGAGGAGGAUCAACAGCCGCUGGAGGAGGUUCGACUGCCGCUGGAGGAGGCUCAACUGCAGCAGGAGGAGGAACUACAGCCGCUGGAGGAGGAUCAACAGCCGCUGGAGGAGGAACUACAGCCGCUGGAGGAGGCUCAACUGCUGCUGGAGGAGGCUCAACUGCUGCUGGAGGAGGAUCAACAGCUGCUGGAGGAGGUUCUACAGCCGCUGGAGGAGGCUCAACUGCUGCUGGAGGAGGAACUACUGCCGCUGGAGGAGGAUCAACAGCCGCUGGAGGAGGUUCAACUGCCGCUGGAGGAGGAUCAACAGCUGCUGGAGGAGGAUCAACAGCCGCUGGAGGAGGCUCGACUGCUGUUGGAGGAGGAACUACAGCCGCUGGAGGAGGAUCAACAGCCGCCGGAGGAGGAUCAACAGCCGCUGGUGGAGGAUCAACAGCCGCUGGUGGAGGCACCACGUCUGCACCACAACCUGCUGUUGUCUGCGGCAUUACUGUGCGGUCGCAGUACGGAGGUCUUGUCAGCAGUUUUUGUGAUUCUGUUUUAGAGAUCAACCUGUACAUUCAAUCUGGAAGUGCGUGUGGGGUUGUAGUGUAACGUGGAGUAAGUUUUUAUUUAAUGUCAUUAUAAUGUUUUUGAAAUGAAUGUUAAUAAAAGUCAAUAGAUAUACAAAUUAAUA